GAAGGCCCUGCCACUGCAUCGCGCUUCGCCCAGCACCGGCACCAGCAUCAGCAUUGUCAGCAGCGUCGUAGUCUUGCCACAGCAGCUGUCCAUCAUCCCCUCCAUCAUCCCCCAGCAAGCAUGGCAAGCACCAUGGUCGCAACGCACUAUGCGCCUGGGGCCCAACAAAGCCUCCAUUACCCUUACAUGCCACCGCCCUCACCGCCCAUGGAUGAGACCGCCAAGUGCUCGUUGCCUUCCAUCUCAAACCUGCUCGGGCUUGCCGACCAAGGGUCACCGACCUCAGAAACGUCGCCCCAGUCUCAGCAGCAACCGCAACAGCAACAAUGUAUGACCAGUUCUUGGUGGGGGAUGGGAAUUCCGGAAACUGACUUUACCCCAGCUCAGGUAACCACGCCUGAUACCAGGCCAAACUCUUCGCACUAUGGCAAUCCAGCAAUGCUCCGGACGGGGCUUCCUCCCAGCCCGCCCAUGUCCUCGGAUGCCUCGUUUGAGGGUUUCAACUCGCCGUCGACCAGGUCGGUGAGCCAAGUGCCGAAUAGUUCAAACUACUAUUUCGAGACGACACCACCGCUCCCGGUGGAGGCCGAUACGCGACAGAUGAACGCCACUGCUGCGGUUCCGCGAGUCUCGGUCCAGCCCUCGACCUAUCAGCCCCAGUUCGCCGGUUCUGCGUACGCGAGUCAGCCUGCCGUAUCAUCGUACUACUCUCCCAUCCAAGCCGCAGGGCAAUCCCAGACGCAGGUGUCCGGCCUCUAUUAUCAGCGGCCACUCCCUCAGUCUUUCCCGCCCCCGCUGCCCAUGUCAGUGACUCUGGCCCCGGCGACCGGCAACCCCUGGCAGCAUCACCACUACAUCGCUCCCUCGGCGUCGGCAUCCUUCCCUCAGAGCCAAGACCGGUACAUCUGCCAGACGUGCAACAAGGCCUUCUCGCGGCCGAGUUCCCUCCGCAUUCACAGCCAUUCCCACACGGGCGAGAAGCCUUUCAAGUGCCCCUUCCCCGGCUGCGGCAAGGCCUUUAGCGUUCGCAGCAACAUGAAGAGGCACGAGCGCGGAUGUCACAACUACGACAGCAGCAGCAGCAGCAGCAACGCCGCCGCCGCCGCCGCUACUACCACCAGUAGCGGCAACGGGAGCAACCCUAACAGUGGGCGCCGACCCUGAUUGAAGCUUGAGGCUUCCUCGACCGUGGCGUAAUCUGGACGAGGAGAAGACGAGUUACAAGGGGUUCACUCCAUAGACGACCUCCCUGUUCAUCCAGGACCCUGGCGGUAU